CAACCCUGUUACUAUUGACUUAUUUCACAUCAUCUCUUAGUCUUGUUUUAUAUCAAAUAAAUUUUAUUUUUCAGGUGCAUUCACGUGUUGGCUUGAAAAGUAAUAGUUUUUUAUUUAAUGAAUUACAAAGUGAAUUAAAAUAAAAAAUUAUCUAAAAAUGAGUUCAGCAAUUACUGAUGACAAAGAUGUGGCACAGAUGCAAAUUCGUUUCAUUACGAAACAAGAGAAGUAUACUGUGCCAAAUUAUCCACUAUCAGUUCCAACUACAGUUGUAGGAAGUGACUUAAAUAUUUUAGUAAACGAACUUUUAAAAGAGUCAGAUCUAACAACGCAAGAAAUCGAGUUCGACUUUCUUAUUUCUUCAGAGUUUUUGCGAACAUCUCUUAUCGAACACAUUUGUGAACGUGGAAUUUCUACCGAGCAGGUAGUAGAAGUUGAAUACGUUGAGAGACAUCCUCCACCGGAACCUCAAGAUUGUCUCAUACACGAUGAUUGGGUUUCCGCCGUUGCCGUGUCUGGCAAAUGGAUUCUGACCGGGUGUUACGAUAAUACCGUUCACAUCUGGACAUCAAAAGGAAAGCAUAAUCUCGUAAUUCCUGGCCAUACUUCUCCUGUUAAAUCCGUUGCAUGGAUAUCUGUGAAUGAUGAAAAUGCAUCUUUUGUAAGUGCCUCACAGGACCAAACAGCGAUAAUUUGGUAUUGGAAUAUAUCAAGCAAUUCUGUUGAUUGUGUUCACAUCUGCAAGGGGCAUGAAAGAGGCUUAGAGGCUGUGGGCGUCAAUGAUAAUGGAUUAUUAAUGGCAACUGGAUCCUGGGAUACGAUGCUCAAGAUUUGGUCAACGACUACCGAUGAAGAUGAAGAUGAUAAUGAUGAUGAUGGUGAAUCUGCUGCAAAGAGAUCAAAAAAAGACCAUGGAAAAACAAGGAUUCCUAAAAGAACAAUGAAGGGACACAAGGAGGCUUUGAGUGGUGUUGUUUGGUCAGAUAAAAAUGAAAUUGUAACCUCCUCCUGGGAUCACACUUUAAGAAUUUGGGACUCGGAACUCGGAGGAAUUAAACAAGAAAUUCCAGGAAAUAAAAGCUUCUUUGAUCUCGAUUACUCUCCUCUUUCUCGAACUCUUAUAACUGCAUCUGCCGAUAGACACAUUCGUCUUUUUGAUCCGAGGUCGAAAGAGGGAUCAAUUGUGAAGGCGACGUUUACUUCUCACACACAAUGGGUUCAGUCAGUUCGAUGGUCCUCGACAGAUGAACAUUUAUUUCUAUCUGGAGCAUACGAUAAUAAUGUAAAACUCUGGGAUUCAAGAAGUCCUAAGGCAUCACUGUUCGACCUUUUGGGCCAUGAAGACAAAGUUUUCGCGUGCAAUUGGAACAAUCCGAAGUUAAUGGUUUCUGGAGGGGCAGAUAAUACAGUUAGAAUAUUCAAGACAAAAAGUUCUAAUUGAUGAUAGAAAAAGAAUAUUUUGUAAUAAAUUCAACUUUUAUUGUGUAUAGUAAAUUUUAGCUUGUACUGUACGUACAAAGAAAAUAAAACGCUUGUUGACAGAGAUUUGUACAAUAAAUAUAAUUUUACAUGUAGAA